AUGUCUCCGCCGGAGCAAUCUACAUCUUCAUCCAGCCAGCCGGUCUUAGACGAGACGCUGUCUAGCAAACCCAAUGUUGAGUUGACGCCUGCUCAGGACCCUGUGGUAGGGAAGCCUGGAAACACAGAUAACCAUGGCCACGGAUCGAACUCAGGGGACAAUACUGGAAAGGAGGAUAAUUUGAUUGACUUUGGUGAUCAGCCAGGUGACGUUCCGUCAAACGAACAUGAGGCUGACGCCGAGCAAGGUCCCUCGGAAACGGUUAAGGGCAAGCAAGCUGCCGAUGAUCAACAGGCUCCAAGCGGUUACUUGAACACUCACGCCUCAACAGCGGCCAAAAUCAAGCCUAUUGCAUUACCCUCGUCGAACGAUGCUACCACGCAAUACCUCACCGCCGAACCGUCCACAUAUGUUGACCCCACGCCUGCGACCCCAACAACCUCUCAGCCGCCUUCGCGGACCCCUUCAAAUGCUGCACGCUCCCAUGUCUCUGGAGAUUCUACUCCUCCGAAAUCAGAUGCAGAAUUUGACGAGAGACGAUAUGUAAGCGAAGAUGAGCACGAAGGCGGUUCACAAUCCGAAAUUCAAAGCAUCAUGGAGCAAUUCAGCGAGUUUGGUGGUGGUCCUGGCGAAGAAGAAGUCAUGAGUCCCAGACUGGAGAUUGCUUCGCCGAUGCUAGGUCAUCCCGUUCAACAUCCUCCUCGAAAGUCCAGUCUGGAACCUCUUGUGCCUACGCUCUCCGGUCAGAUGCAGGGCCUACACAUCUCCACGAGUUCCCCUCCAUCUGAAACUCCAAACAACACUGGUGUUGAGGAUCUGGGGCCGCCUGUUCCACCCAAGGAUGGUGUUCAUGGAACACCUCCGCGUCCUAAAAUAGAGCGGAACAUGAGCGUUGCUUCUCCUAGCUCACCAGCGCAGUCACACCGGCCUCCUCCUCCUGAGCCAGAGCCAGAGCCUACUCAACCCUUUGAUUUCCACCGGUUCCUCGAGCAAUUGCGAAACAAGAAGGCAGAUCCUGUGGCAAGGUACCUCAAGUCUUUCCUCUCUGAGUUUGGCAAACGACAAUGGAUGGUUCAUGAGCAGGUCAAGAUUAUAGGAGAUUUUCUAGCAUUUAUUGCCAACAAGAUGGCACAAUGCGAGGUCUGGAGGGAUGUAUCUGACGCCGAGUUCGAUAACGCUCGUGAGGGGAUGGAAAAGCUGGUCAUGAACAGACUGUAUACUCAGACAUUUUCACCUGCAAUCCAAGCGCCCAAACCUAUUCCUGGGGCUAAGCCGAAGCGCAAGGGCGGUGAUAUUCCUCUUGGUCCCGGCAGACGAGGCCAACACCAAGAAGAUGUUGAGAGAGAUGAUAUUGUUAGGCAGAAAAUGAGCAUUUAUGGCUGGGUGAGGGAGGAACAUUUGGACAUCCCGCCAGUCGGUGACAGUGGACGUCGGUUUUUGAAACUUGCUCAGCAAGGGCACCGCGAGACAAGAUCAUUUUCUGAUUCCUCAGCUGACUCCUUCAUGCCCCUGCUUAUUUAUGUUGUUCUGCAAUCAAAUCCCGAGCACCUUGUGUCUAAUGUGCAAUACAUCUUGCGCUUCAGAAACCAGGAAAAGCUCGGGGGUGAAGCAGGCUACUACUUGUCCUCGUUGAUGGGUGCUGUUCAGUUCAUUGAAAACAUGGACAGAACUACUCUAACCAUUACUGAUGAGGAGUUUGAGAAGCAUGUGGAACAGGCCGUCUCAGCCAUUGCUGAAAAGCAUGCUCAAUCACCGCCAGUCACCCAACAGCCAGUAUUUAACGAGAAGUCUGGGCCACUUCCUGGAGAAACUUCUGCUCGUCCUUCUCUUGAUGGACCACGCACUUCAACUUCGAAUGACGAGUACACGGGCGAAGAGAAAGCUGCCAUAACUGGUCUUCUCAAGACUAUACAGAAGCCUCUUUCCAGCAUUGGGAGAAUGUUUUCUGACGAUCCUGGUCCUUCCAUGGAUGCUGGGCCAAGUAGUGCGCCUCGGACACCAGCGCCUCCUGAGCGUCUCAGCCGUGAGGAGCCUCGCGAACAUCAGCAGCCACCUCCAAAACAUGCCUUAUCUGCUGAAGAGGCUGCCGCACGGCAGGCGAGCGCUGAAGUAGCCGAGGCUCAGCGACUUUCCCGUGCAGAGCAUGCAAAUGUCGUCGAAACAUUAGCAGGCAUGUUUCCUGACCUGGACAAGGAUGUUAUAAGUGAUGUGGUUUACGAGAAGGAGGGCAGGGUCGGCCUGGCUGUUGAUGCGUGUCUCGCUCUUUCAACAUAA